UCAUUAGCAUUUCAAGAGGAGGAACAGGAACUUGGCUACACAUUUCAUCUAAAAACAAAUUAGCAUAUGCAUACAGCUUCCUUCAGGAAAUCUCCAGGACAAUUAGAUAUUUGGGUACCCUAGAAGAAUACCCUGCUCUGUGCUCCAUGCUUCUCCCUCCUCUGCUCAGCUCAGCUCAUCCUUGUCUCCCAGAGAUACUUAUUCCCACAACCAUGAACAGGCUGAAUCUCAGUACCAGAUGGUGCAGGGAUGAUGGCUGGCAACAGAGGCAAUCCAAAACCUACCACCUCUGUAUACUCUGUGCCUGGGCCAAAGAGGAAGAACUAUAUCAAAAGAAUUCAUAAAAACAAGAAUCCAUAAGAGAGGGAAAAGGAGUGAAAGAGAAAAACAUGAAUGAAAAGUUCAGAAGACACUUUUGGCGGAAGUCUGAAGAUGCCCUCUUGGAUGAGUUUAAAAGAAACUGUUCUUUGAUAAAGGAUAUUAUAUACGUUUAUUGUAUUGACACCCUGUGGGAAAACCAUCUCAAGUGCAUUGUUGGAAAUGGUGAUUCAGUUCCAAGAAAGCAGCAAAAACCAUACCUAGGUGAAGCUAUGACAGAGGAAAUAGAAUAUGCACAGCUGAAUUUUCACAAAUCUCAUGGACUAGAAAAUGUCCAUGAACUUCAUACUGUUGAAGUGAAAGAGCCAUUGAAACCAAAAGAGUUGCAGUGCAAAGAACCCUUUCAGGAUAUUCCCACAUCAUCCUUUAGAUGGCGCAUUUGUGCAUUGGUUGCAUUAAUUCUGUGUUUACUGUUACUGGUAGGCCUGCUAGUGCUGGGUAUUAAGUUUAUCCAGGUUACCAUGGACUUGCAGGUACAGCACAGAGACCUCCAGUUGGCUUGGGAAGAUCUGAAAAUGAAUUCAUCAAGGAAAAUCUUACACAUUAAAGCAAAUUUGUGCCUGGAAGGAGAGAAAGUGGACACAAACAGUGAUCUGAAGUGCACACUCUGUCCCACCAGUUGGCAUUUAUUUGGUGCCACAUGCUACUAUAUUUCAACAGGCAAGAAGACUUGGCAGGAAAGUAAGAAUUUUUGUUCCUCAUGGAAUUCCACCCUUUUGAUCCCUCAAGAGAAGAGCAGAAACUGGGUACAGAACACUUUCCAACAAACAAAUUUUUGGAUUGGAAUAUAUAAGGACAGAAGUGGCCAAUGGUUUGGGACUAAUGAAGUACCUUGCAGUAAAAAGUACCUUUCAAUGUCAUGGUUUUACCUCAGAAAUGUCAGGAAUCAGGAGGAAUGUGCCUACCUGUCCUCUUGGUAUGUCUAUAGCGAAACAGGAUGUCAUUCGGAAACGAUCCAUCACUGGAUAUGUGAGAAGGCAGCCUAUGAGUUGACUUAAGAAGAAGGUCUGACUAACAGGAUGUGUGCUUAUUAAGAAGCAAUAGUUUGUUGUUUGUUGUUGUUAGGAAAACUCUGCUGAAUUGGCUUCCCUGUUGAAAGGAGGGGAUUGCAUGAACCAUUCUAUCUAUAAUUUCGUUUAAAAUCUAAAACUUACUGUAAAUUAUAUUUAAAUGUUGUGCCUCACUGCAGGCUCCUUCAGAAAUGCAAAACAGAUAAAUAUUUUAAAAGAGUAA